CCACAACCAGCCAGCAACUCAGGUCCAAACAGUCAUUUACAACCAGGAACCAGUGGUAGGAGUUCAGACAGUUCUGGAAGUGAGACUGAUGACAGUUAUGACUGGAAACAGUCCAGAGUAUGUCAGAAAAGUUUUAACUGUCAAAAAAAUGCCAAUAUUGUUCAUUCAGGCAACACUGAUGAGAAACAAUUUAAAGGCUCAAAAUAUGGAAGAGCAUCUGGUCACAUGAACAACUCAGAGCAACAGAGCUGUUCUAAUUGGGAUAAAACACAUACACAGAAAGGCACUGUGAAAAUACACAUGAAAAGUCAUACAGUACAAAAACCAUUUAGCUGUUCUGAAUGUGGUCAAAGAUUUGGACUAAAGGGCAACCUGAAAACACACGUGAGAAUUCAUUCAGGACACAAACCAUUUGGCUGUUCUGAGUGUGGUAAAAGAUUUGGACAAAAGAGCGAUCUGAAAAAACACAUGAUAAUUCAUUCAGGACACAAACCAUUUGCUUGUUGUGAAUGUGGUCAAAGAUUUGGACUAAAGAGCUACCUGAACAGACACAUGAGAAUUCAUUCAGGACACAAACCAUUUGGCUGUUCUGAGUGUGGUAAAACAUUUGGACAAAAGAGUGAUCUAAAAAAACACAUGAUAAUUCAUACAGGAACCAAACCAUUUGGCUGUUCUGGGUGUGGUAAAAGAUUUGGACAAAAGAGCAAUCUGAAAACACACAUGAUAAUUCAUACAGGACACAAACCAUUUGGCUGUUCUGAGUGUGGUCAAAGAUUUGGACAAAAGGACAACCUGACAACACACAUGAUAAUUCAUACAGGACACAAACCAUUUCCUUGUUCUGAAUGUGGUCAAAGAUUUGGACAAAAGGGCAACCUAAAAACACACAUGAGAAUUCAUUCAGGACACCAACCAUUUGGCUGUUCUGAGUGUGGUAAAAGAUUUGGACAAAACAGCGAUCUGAAAACACACAUGAUAAUUCAUCCAAUACACCAACCAUUUUGCUUGGUGACCUAUGGGUUUGGCAUAGUAGACUGGCCACAGCAUGAGCUUAAUGAGUUAGAUACUAAAACCAGGAAGAUGCUCACCCUCCGCAAAGUUACAUAG